GGGUUGUCGUUGCGCAGGCGCAAGUUUGAAGGGGCGGGGUUUGGCCUGAGGUGGUCGUCCCCUCGUCUUGUCGCUGGCGCCGCCUCCUUUCUCCUCCCCCUUCCACCCGCCAGCGCUCCGCCUCAGAUGCUUCUGCCGCCGCCGCCGCCCCGCCGCUGCCUGCUCCUCCUCCUCCUCCUCGCCGCGCGUGUCUGACAGGCCGCUGGAGCCGGCUGAGGAGGGACGGGCGGAUGGAUGGAUGCCCGCGUGGCCUGGAUCCAGCCCGAGCAGAAAGGCCCCGCCAAUGCGCUCUGGAUGCAGAUCUGGGAGACCUCGCAGGGCCGAGCUGGCGGCGGCAGCGCGCCCUCCUCGUCGGCGGCUGCUGCUUCUUUCCCGCCAACAACCCCGGCCCGUUAUUCCCUUUGCCUCUUUAGCUCGACACCGCCGCCUCGCUCCGAGGCCGCCACUGCCGGCUCUUCGUCGUCGCCCUCGCCUCAACCGGUCGCCUCCCCACCGCUGCCGCCUGCUCCUCCGGUCCUCAUCCUCCCGGCCCAGGUUGCUGAGAGGCGGACGCCGCGUGUGCUGCUGCUGCAAAAAUCUCCCUCGGUGUCGUCUUCCUCAGCGGAGUCCGGCGCCGAUAGUCCCGGAGGCGGCGGCUCUUCCUCCUCCUCCUCCUCCUUCUCCUCUUCGUCUUGCGGCCGGGCUGGACCUGAACCGCCUCCUCUUCCUUCUCCAGCCUCUUGCAAGGCCUCGGGGGGCUUGGCCGAAGAGAGCCAAGUGAAGCGAGGCUGCGGAGGCGAGGGAGAAAGGCAGAGCCAACAGAAGCCCCCCGCAGCCGCCUCUCCUCCCCAUUAUCACUAUCGCCAUCAGUACCACCCGAGCCGCAGGAAACAUGAAAACAAGGCCAGCACCUAUGGGAUGAACUAUCUGCUCUCUGGCGGCGGCGGCGGCCAUACAGAGAUCUCCCUGACGGGCGACGGCAGCCUCUGCUCUCAAGCACAGCCCCUGCGCAACCUCGCCCUUGGCACGCCUUGGAAAAGCAAGCAGUACAGUCCAGGCAUACAAGGGCUCCAUGAAGAAAUAAUUGACUUUUAUGACUUCAUGUCCCCUUGUCCUGAAGAAGCCGUUAUGAGAAGAGAAGUAGUGAAAAGAAUAGAAACUGUUAUCAAAGACCUUUGGCCUACAGCUGAUGUUCAGAUAUUUGGCAGUUUUAGUACAGGACUUUAUCUGCCAACUAGUGAUAUUGAUUUAGUAGUUUUUGGAAAAUGGGAGAGCCCCCCUCUACAGCUGCUGGAACAAGCACUGAGGAAACACAACGUGGCUGAGCCAUAUUCAAUCAAAGUGCUUGACAAAGCUACGGUACCAAUAAUAAAGCUAACUGACCAGGAAACAGAAGUGAAAGUUGACAUUAGUUUUAAUGUGGAAACUGGUGUGAAGGCAGCUCGUCUUAUCAAAGACUACAUGAAGAAAUACUCGUUGCUGCCUUACUUGAUUUUAGUGUUAAAACAGUUCCUCCUUCAAAGGGAUUUGAAUGAAGUUUUUACUGGUGGAAUUAGCUCUUACAGUCUUAUUUUAAUGGCAAUUAGCUUCCUACAGUUACACCCAAGAAUUGAUGCUAGAAGAUCAGAUGAAAACCUUGGAAUGCUUCUAAUAGAAUUUUUUGAACUCUAUGGAAGAAAUUUUAAUUACUUAAAAACUGGUAUAAGAAUAAAGAACGGAGGUGCCUAUAUUGCCAAAGAGGAAAUCAUGAAAGCCAUGACUAAUGGAUAUCGACCAUCUAUGUUGUGUAUUGAAGAUCCUCUCUUGCCUGGAAAUGAUGUUGGAAGAAGUUGUUACGGUGCCAUGCAAGUAAAGCAAGUUUUUGAUUAUGCCUACAUUGUUCUGAGCCAUGCAGUGUCACCACUUGCAAGAUCAUAUCCUAAUAGAGAUUCUGAAAGUACUUUAGGAAGAAUAAUCAAAGUGACACAGGAAGUGAUUGACUACAGAGCUUGGAUUAAAAAGAAAUGGGGGAACAAAGCUAAUUUGUCACUUGAUCUUGAUAUGCAAAUGAAAGAGAGAGAACCAAUAUCUGCAUGCAGUGUAACCCAGAACAGAGAUGGUGAAUCACUAUAUAACCAGUCUCUGGCUUUGACGUUUACUGGUACGCAGCAGUUGUCAUCGGGUUCAUCUGCGUCUUCUGUGUCUUCUCUUUCUGGAAGUGAUAUUGAUUCGGAUACUCCACCUUGCACGACUCCUAAUGUGUACCACUUCAAUCUGCAAGCACCAUCUCAGCUUACGGCUGGUUUACCACCAGCGUUGCCUAUACAAAGUGGUAAAACUCAGUCUGUGCCUGCAAGAACCUUGAUUAUGGCAACUAAUAAUCAGCCGCACAAUGGAAUGAAAUAUACUCUGAAAGGAGCUCACAAUCAUAAUCAAGGCAACGGAUACAAUUCUGCCACUAAUGGAGCCAUGAGGCAGCCGGUUGGCAACAGAGGGCAUCACCAAUAUAACCGUAAUAUCUGGAGAAGAAAGAAGCAUAGAGACAGUUUGCCUAUUAGCCUUAGCAGAUAAUGGCCAACUUUGGGCUGUCUGUCUUACACUAAUGGAGAGUGUGUGACACUAGUUUGAGGGAACUUGAGACCAGCACUGAGUGCAUCAGUUUGUGGAUGUUGCCAAAUAUCUGCAUCCAAUCUUUGCAUGUUUCUUUGUGUGGUGGUGGAGUCCAUCUUAAAAGAAAUAAUUGUGCUUAUCUGUGAAGCCUUAUUAAAUGUGGAAGUUUGUCUUCUGCCUAUCCAUGAUCACUAUAGUGCCGAAGCAGCUCUGGAGGGAGUACUGUGAGGACCAUAAACGCUGUGGCAUUUCUGCUGUAGCUGCAUUUGUUCUUUGUGGGUUGUUUUUGUUUUUUGUUUUGCCAGAAAAGUAAUAGAUGGUAUUGACUUUACUUUUUAUAAUAGCAAAUCUUUGUGACUUUGCUCACUGCUUUCCCAUUUCUUGGUUCAACUUUUUUUGCCUUACUCAUAUCCAACAUAACUUUUGUGCAAUAGCUCAGAAUGUUCUAAUUUAAUCAUUAUUGUCAUGUACGUUAUAUUUAAGGGAAGAGGGGUGUGUCUUAUUUUUACAGAUCCUUUCCCAAGUUGCAUUUUCUAAGUUGGUUUCAUGCUGCUGGUGAGUUGUUUGAGCAAAGCAUUCAACUCAUCAUGUUGAUAAUAUUGGAGGCUUCUUAAUUUGCAAUGGAACUGCUAAUUUGGUUUACUUUUUUAUAAGUAGUAUUGCACUCCAAAUCAUUUUGACCCUUCUGUUUGGCUCACUAGUCUGGCAGCUUUGCAACCUUGCUCUACCCAGUGGGUUAGGGCAUAAUCCAGUGCUCUUGAAAAGCUUCCAUUUGUUUCACCAGGGGAUUGCUCAGGAGACCACCCCACUGGAUUUGGACCCUCAGUGUAUUUAUUUAGAUCUCUUAGAGCAGGACUUCACAACUUUAGCCCUCCUGCAGAUGUUGGUCUGCAACUCCAUAAUCCCUUGCUGUUGGCCACUGUGGCUUGAGAUGAGAGUUGUAGUCCAAAAAACCAGCUAGAGGGCCAAAGUUGUACAGCCCUGUGUUAGAGUAAAGAUGGAUAAGUCUCAAACUUUAAAUUAUAAAUGCUGAUUAAUCAGUUUUAAUUAUUUACCUUCUGCUUGGUUGGGUCUAAGCAUUGUUGCUGAAUAACAUAUCCAACUUAAGGAAUGUGGAGAAAGGAAUUGUAUUGAUUCCAUUAAGGAAUCUGUAUAACAGUGUGCAUUAGUUCUGUUAAGAGCAAAUACCUGAAAUGUACCUUUUGGCUUCUCUGUGCUUUUUAAGUAUCUCUUGUCUUAUGAAAGAGCACAGCCCAAUGUGCACCCCACCCCACAUGUUGCUUUUAAGAUGCAUACAGGUGUACUAUGCAAGUGUGUGUCACCAUGGCAAUCUGUUAAAAAAAAUUAAUGCCUAAGCCUAGGUUUUCGAAGCAGACCACUGCAUCUUUUCAUGUUUUUUAAUAUAACAGUUCUUACAUCUCCAGAGCACUGUUAAUCGUUCUGCAUGAAGAAGGAACUUUGAAAGAAUCCUGCUACCAAGACAUCUUAACGAUAUACAGAAACAAAUGUUCUUAAAACUGUUUUGUUUCAAGAGGGGAUAAUUCUACUAACUGUAAGCUUUAAUAUCUGCAGGUAUGCCUUGAAACUUGGUGUGGCAUUUAUUAAAGAGAUAUGUCAAAAUUAAUGUAAGGCCUUUGGGUGGUGAGUGAGAGAAGAGAGAGAGCAACAUUCCAAAGUAGAGUAGCACAUUUUGUCUGCAAUUAACCUUGAUCCAGAGUUUAACCAUAAAUAAAACUUUUAAAAUAAUUUACCUAUUAUGAAUGAAUAUUAGUACUGGAUGUAAGCUGCUAUUUUGAUAUUGCAGAAAGACAGGUAUGAAGUGUGUGACUUAUUGUACCUUGGGAAAGAUGUGAUAGACUUGCAAGUAUAAAACCCCUGCAUCAGGCAAAUAUGUAUGACAGAGGCUUUGCAAAAUGCACAAUGUGACAGUGGGGCAGUCUAUAGUCAUAGAUAAACAAAUAUACAUUCAGUACUCUUCCUAGUCAUAAGCUGUAAGACAUUCUUAGAAUAAUGCUUGUACAACAGGGCUAGGAUCCAGAAGGUUUUAUGUACUGUCCCCCACCACAUAAGGGCUUUUUUGUCCUCCCUUCCCACUGCGCUCCUUAUGCCCCCCCCCCCCCAAAAAAAAACUUUGCCUGAAAUUUGGAGGGCUGUUUAUAGCAGCACCUAAUGCACUGUGUGCAGCUGUGAUUAAAAAGGAAAAUCGGUACUGUGCUGCUCCCGUCUUUGGAUUCUGGUCCUGGUAGAUGCAACACUUUUUUUUCCUAAGUGAAUGACAAGUUUUACAAUUGAUAAGCAAGUAAAAGGCGGUUGGAUUUUGAAUGGCUAGAAACUCGGCCGUACUUGCUAUUGAAUCUUUAUCUUUGCUUUGACCAUUUUUUAACCUUGUGGAGGUUUUUAAUAGAUGUUGGUACAAUAAGGGAUCUAAACUUGAAUAAACCAGUAUUCAAGGGCUGAUAAAGACCUGUACUUACUCUCACAUGCUAGCAAUAUUCCAUAUGAACCUACAUUAUGGAAACCUCAGUGUCCUAAAUAGUCUCCGUUUUAAAAACAAGAUAAGCUUAAGAGAAGCAGAUAUCAUGUUCCACUUCAGUCAUGGUGAACCAAUAAAUUGCACUGGCUACCACUCUGGUUAUGUUCUGUGCCACAGUGGUUAGCUGAUUAAAAUAUCAUGUUCAGAUUCUUUUUGUGUGUAUAACAAUGUGGGAAGCUAAAAUACAUAUUUUUAUGUGAAGUUUUGUAUUGUUUGAUUUUUAAUAAACUUUCAAGACCA